CUGCUGGCCGCCGCCGUGUCCCGCGUGCGCUCGGGCGCCGCCCCGAAGCCCGCGGGCAGCAUGCUGGGGGCGUCCUGCAGCUAUUCCAAGGACGCGACGUUUGAGAUUAAGCGGUGUGACCUUUACCGGUUGGAAGAGGGUCCCCCGGCCACCGCGCUGCUCACCCGCGAGGACGGGCUGCGCUACUACAGGACGAUGCGGGCCAUUCGCCGCCUGGAGGCCCGGGCGGACCAGCUGUACAAGCAGAAAUUCAUCCGCGGCUUCUGCCACCUGUGCGACGGGCAGGAGGCCUGCUGCGUGGGCCUGGAGGCCGCCAUCCGGCGCGGCGACCACGUCAUCACGUCCUACCGCGCGCACGGCCUGUGCUACACGCGCGGGCUGUCGGCUCGCGCCAUCCUGGCGGAGCUGACGGGCCGCCGCGCCGGCUGCGCCAAGGGGAAGGGCGGCUCCAUGCACAUGUACUGCGAGCGCUUCUACGGGGGCAACGGCAUCGUGGGCGCGCAGGGGCCCUUGGGGGCCGGCAUCGCGCUGGCCUGCAAGUACCAGGGGAGCGGCGAGAUCUGCCUGACCCUGUACGGGGACGGCGCCGCCAACCAGGGCCAGCUCGCCGAGGCCUACAACAUGGCGGCCCUGUGGAAGCUGCCGUGCGUCUUCAUCUGCGAGAACAACCUCUACGGCAUGGGGACGGCCGCGGAGAGGGCGGCGGCCAGCACCGACUACUACACGAGAGGCCACUUCAUCCCCGGGCUGCGGGUGGACGGCAUGGACGUGCUGUGCGUGCGGGAGGCGGCGAGGUUCGCGGCCGACUACUGCCGGGCGGGGCGGGGCCCCCUGGUGCUGGAGCUGCAGACCUACCGCUACCACGGCCACAGCAUGAGCGACCCGGGCGUCAGCUACCGCGCGCGCGAGGAGGUGCAGGGCGUGCGGCGCAAGAGCGACCCCAUCAUGCUGCUCCGCGACAAGAUGGUCAGCGGCGGGCUCGCGGGCGCCGAGGAGCUGAAGGACGUGGACGCCGAGGUGAGGAAAGAAAUCGACGACGCGGCCCAGUUUGCUACGACCGAGCCCGAGCCGCCGCUGGAGGAGCUUGCCCAUCACAUCUACAGCGACCACCCGCCCUUUGAGGUGCGCGGCACGAAUCCCUGGAUCAAGCUGAAGUCCGUCAGUUAG